AUGGAGAGGAGAGUUGAGAGAAGAGAGGCAACUGAGAGAGAGGAAAGCUAUGUGAGAUCUGUUUUAGUGUUUUCUGGUGAAACCAAAAGAAGUUUGGCAAAACAGACACCACCGGUGGACUGUGCAAGCAAAGAAGAAGCCGGAAGGAUGACAAGUCACCGGAUGAAUAGUAAUAGACCUGAAGUGGUGAAUUCGCGUCUCGAGAUAUUUAUGGACCUUCAGACGUGGUCCUCUCCGUAUCGCGGUGGCGGUGGGGGUGGUAGUGGUGGAGGUGGAGGAACAGGGGGUGGUUCUGGUUUCGGAGAAGGAUUUGGUGGUGGGUUUGGAGGUGGUGCUCAAGGAGGAGGAGGAGGUUUUGGUGGCGGAGGCGGUGGUGGUGGUGGAGGCGGAUUGGGUGAAGCAUUUGGUAGUGGAUUAGGAUUUGGUGCAGGAUACGGUGGUGGGAUAGCACAAGCAGCCGCGGAAGAAUUCAUGGUGUAA